UGGCGCCAUCCCCCAUUCUGGCUGGAGACCCAAGAGUGCUGCUGGGGUCGGGCACCGCCUUUGUGACGUCACGGGACCUGACAACUCGCUGGCUGGCGAGGCUGGUCCUGCCGUGACGUCACCGAACUGCAUUGUCUGCGUCACAGCAGUAGCAGCAGCAGCAGCAGGAACAGCCCAACCCGGGGCGGCCAGUGAGUGAGGCGAACAAUAACCCCGAGCAUCCACUGCAGACCCUGUGUGGCCUUCCUUCCCUCUCCUCCCUCCCUCUCUCUCAGUCUGCCUGCCUGUGUCACAGCCUCCAUGAGCAGCAUGUAAACAAUGCACACCUAGCCCGGCACCGAGCAGCCAGCCAGCCGCCCCACAUCUCAGGGACCGGGGGGGAUCGCCGACACAGGGGGCCGCCGCCGCCCGCAGACAUGGAUUUCCAGCAGCUGGCGGACGUGGCGGACAAGUGGUGCUCCAACACCCCCUUCGACCUGAUCGCCACCGAGGAGACCGAGCGCAGGAUGGAUUUCUACGCCGACCCCGGGGUGUCCUUCUACGUGCUGUGUCCGGACAACGGCUGCGGGGACAGCUUUCAUGUGUGGAGUGAAAGUGAGGACUGCUUACCUUUCCUGCAGCUAGCCCAGGACUACAUAUCUUCGUGUGGGAAGAAGACCCUUCAUGAAAUACUGGAAAAAGUCUUCAAGUCUUUCAGGCCUCUGCUUGGGCUCCCAGAUGUGGAUGAUGACACUUUCGAAGAAUACAGUGCAGAUGUGGAGGAGGAGGAGCCUGAAGCAGAUCACCAACAGAUGGGUGUUAGCCAGCAGUAAAAAAAAAGAAAAGAAAACAAGGAUGUUCCCUACAGAUGUGGGGAAAAAACCAUCAAACAAAUCCAAAAUAAUAAUAAACGCAUUCUAAAAAUAUAACAAACACAGAAAAUACUCCACCGUGAGCUCUAGUAAAAUAUUUAAAAAGAAGGAAAGAAUACUGAGCAACAGGCCUGUUAACGGAAGGGGGUUAUUUGAGCAAUCUCUUGCUUUUCACUAUUGUUGAUUCUAGAAUUUAGCUUUGUUGCAGACAAUGGUGUUAGAAUUGGAGGAGCACUCACUAAAAUGAAUGUAGCAUCCUGAAUAUUUAGGAUGAAACAAAGGAAGGAUAAAUCAAAGAAAUGUAGGGACUCCUCUAGUGAAUACAGAUCAUGAACAGCGGUAUAUGUUAACUAGAAACUAAAUCAUUGUGUUUUUUCCUUCCACCACACCGCAUAGUUAAAGGAAAAUUAUUAGAUAAUUAUUUAAUAGACAUCUCUUUUCAGCACUCCCACAGAUACAUGAAUGCACCUCUCCUUACAUCCGCUCUGGUCUGUCCCAAAAUGAAGCAUUCUGGGACAGAUCACAUGAGGAUGCUGGGUAAGGUGCAAGUAUGUGCAGGAGUUUCCAACAUCUAUUCCUGCAUUUACUAUGAAAAAGGAUGUGGGGAUUUUGUGUGGAUAAGUACUCUUCUAUUGGUUAAUUUUGUCUUUGUAACAAAUGGUUAAAGAAAAAUAUAAAUAUCCCAGAACAUAAUUUGAUUUAAAUCCGUUCUAAACAGUUAAAUAUUAUCUGUAGUUUAGCAGGCUGACCAAACACACAACAUUUGUACUACACAAUCACGGUUCCCCAUAUUUAUAAAUAUUAAUCUACAAUUUAUAAGUGCAUUGUCUUCAAUAACGCAAAAUGUAAACUCAUAUACUCUUGCCACCAUCCUUCUUCUAGAACAGUGAUGCUUAACUACUGAGUCAGGACCCAAAAUUGGGUAGCCAAGCUAUUUCAGAGGAUCCCUACAUUUUAGAAUGAUACAGGAAAGUGGACAAAAUGCCUGUGUGUAGUCACUGUAUUUAAACCGUGCAUGAUGCAAAUGAAAUAAUCACUGAUCCUGAAAUUCUGGAGUCCGCUGUAUAUAACGGACUAGCAAUUUUACAAAACUAGUAGUUCAUUUAAAAAGACUUGCUUAAGACUAAAUGUGGGAUUAGUGUGUUAGCUUAUCCAAUUUUUGGAGCAUCCGAUACCAACUUGGUAGGAAAGGGUGUGCUAUUUUAUUUUAAUUCAUAAUGUUAUACUUGAUAAGAUCAAGUUUAAACAUUCCAUAAUGGUUCUUUAAUUAGAUUUACUAUUUCUACAUCCAAAAUAAAAUGAGAAAAAUAUUGUAAAAAAGUAGCUUUGCCCAAUCAAAUAAUUAAUUCUUACACAAAGAAAUGAUAAAAGAUCACCUUAUUAUGGUAGGUCUCCAUUAGUGCACUCCUUAACUCUAAAAUCAUAUUUUCCAUCAUGCUGUUGCUUUCUAUUUUCAGUAUUGAAACCAAAUCCUUUCUUUGUGUUCCUAUCUGGUUGGAAGCUCUUUAUCAUGUAUUUGUAGUAGAAUGCUGCAAUCGAUGAGAAUAUUCAGGAAUCUUUCCACUAAUGGAACACCAUUUGUUUAAGAUGCGGUAUUUUAUUUAGGAACCUGUGCUGGUCCAUAAUGCAAAGAAGUUUAUAAUCAACACUUUUGUAGGCUCUGAUGUAAAAAUAUAUUAUGUGUGACUCACUUCCAUUUUGUUCUUUUUACCUUUCCCAAUCAUCUUAAAUUGUAAAGUUGCAAUCAAUGUUUCUUUUUUCAUACUUUUAUUUUGACCUUUUCUAAUUUACAGUGGUUUACACAAUGGUUAUAACCGUAUCCUUGGUCCCUUUAACAAGAUGGAGCUAUAGUAACUAAUAAUUGCCACUUCAUUUGUGAUAUUGAAAAGGUGGACGCAAUGAAAUUCAAAUUAGAAUUUUUUUAGUUUUUCUUUAAGCAAAAUUAUUAAAAGCAGAUCUUUCAAAUAUUACAUAUUUUAUAAUUUAUUAUGAAGUAUGUUAUCCUGAUCUCUUACAGAAAUAUAUUGGCUCUGCAUUAACCCAUUAAGGAUCAAUAAUGGUCUUGGGUCAGAAUAAUAUGGUCUUGAAGUAACCAAUUUAGAAAUAUAUAUAUGUGCCACACUGCAAUUGAUAAGAAAAUGGUCCUUAAGAGGUUAUGGUAAUCAAAUAUUUAGGAACCCCUGACCAUUUUAUAGUCACACUAUUGAAAAUGUCAUUAUUUAUAGGUUUGACUAUGCCCCUUAUUUUCUGCAAAUAACUCCCAAUGCUCUAGAACAAAUAAUGUGAGAAGCCAGACAUUGUUAGGUUACACAACGUUCACUGUCUGAGGUAAACUGGAAUUCAGUACACAGAGCAGGAAAAUGUACCUUUACCUAUUUAUUAAAAAAAAUCUGAGAUAUCACAUUAUUAUUCUACUAUGUAUUGUAUCAGAAUACUUUCCACAACUGGGACAUUGUGGUUGCAUUGUCCAUGUUUGACAUAUUAAUAAAGCAUGCAUCCCUUAUUCCUGUUGCUUUACUGCACCACAUAACAAACUCUAUAUACAAGAAAAUCAUUUGGAGUUUUUUUCACACCUGUGCAUGCAAACCAACUGUGUUUUUGCAGUGUAUGAAUUAAAGGAACUCAAUUUAAACGUAUUGGAAAGGACGGUCACCUAAAACAAAAUGCACAGCCGUUUCUACGUUGUUUUUUGCGGUUGAUAGGGUUGAUGUGUUUAUCAGGCAGCUCUUUAAAGUAAGCAAUCUCUUGUGUGUUUUAAUGUAGGAUAAUGAUAAUUUCAGAAUUUUAAUCACGAAGAAAUAAUGUAGUAUAGUCCGUACGGAAGAUGAGAUUAUACAGUCCAUAAUAUCAAAUACUUUUGGUUGCACCGCUGAACUAAAUACUAAUAUUCCAAUGUAGAGAGCACCUGUGCUUUUGAUGAGCAGGUACAUUAAUAUCCAGUUAAAAAAAUAAAAACAGAGGAAAGUUGAUAUUUUGCUCUUUACGGAGCAUGUCUGUUAUAUAAGAAAGUUAGAUAUUACAGAAGAUAUGUCCAUUAAUCUCCAUAUAUGACUUUCACUGAUUAGUGCUUAGCAUCCUUGAAAUAUGUUUAGUGAGUCUCUUAUACUCAAGAAGCCAUAGUUUUCAAACAGGGCAAUAUAACACCAAUAGCCAGAGCAUUUUGCCUAUUCAUAAGGAAUAUCCUGGCAUCUGAUUUUUCCAUCCGUAUCUUUCAUGUUCACAAUCUCAUGACUGAUGCCUCUGCCAGAUUUAGGAUUUCUCAAACUACUGCUGUAGCAAAGACUUUCUCAAGAAAAAUAUUUGGAAGUGGAUUAGCAUUAUUUUGUGUGUUAAAAAAAAAGCAAAAAACGGAUAGAAUGAAAAAAGAGGCUUUUAUGGAUCUUUAUUUUUUAAAAUUUGCUUUGAUUCUAUAUACAUUCAGUGUGUGCAUGAUCAUUUAAUACUUCCAGGUUCGUGGUGCCUCUCAAAACAUGAAAGGUUCACAGUCAUCUUACACUUGAUAGCCUGUUGUACUUAGAUCAUCAUUACAGUUCAUUUCUGAAGUUGCUUCCUUUUUUUUGUGUAAAAGUUACCAUGCUAUAUGUAAAAAAAAAAAAAAAAAUGCUUUGACAAAAUGUCUUUUCUCUGCUCCCUGUAUGUAUCUCAUGUAGACGGAGGUUUGUAGUGGCAUUGCAUGUAAAAUAUGUUUACUUCUAUCCAUGAAUUGGGGUCUUGGUUAAUAAAUCAUCUAAACAUGUC